AUGGCAGCUUCGAGUAUCCGGUUCGGGCCCGGGUGCACCGCCGAAGUGGGCAUGGACGUCAAGAACCUGGGGUCGAAGCGCGUCUGCGUCGUCACGGACACUAACAUCCAAGACCUGCAUGCCAUGCAGCAGGUGCACCAGUCGUUGGACCGAGAGGCUUUGAGCUAUACGGUGUUUAACAAGGUGGUUGUGGAGCCGAAAGAACAUUCGAUUCUCGAAGCCAUCCAGUUCUCGAGAAAGUGCCAGCCUGAUGCUUUCAUCGCUGUCGGUGGUGGAAGUGUCAUCGACACGGCCAAGAUGAUGAAUCUCUACACCUGCUACCCCGAGGCAGAGCUUCUCGACUUCGUCAACGCACCUCUCGGCCGUGGACUCCCCGUGUCUCGGAAGCUUCUGCCACUGAUCGCGAUACCAACGACGGCGGGCACAGGGUCGGAAACAACGGGCACCGCCAUCUUUGAUCUGACCUCACACCGAGCAAAGACUGGUGUAGCUUCUCGUGCUCUCAAACCGACCUUUGGUAUUUGUGACCCAUUAAAUACGAGGACGAUGCCUUCAGCAGUCCACGCUGCGUCUGGGCUCGACGUCCUUUGCCACUCCUUGGAGUCUUGGACCGCAAUCCCCUAUAACCAACGGACCCCACGCCCGUUGAAUCCUAUCCUUCGGCCGGCGUAUCAGGGCGCAAACCCCAUCUCAGACGUCUUCUCGUUCCAAGCCCUGAAAGACACGAUCAAAUACCUUCCGCGGGCAGUAAAAGACCCCGAAGAUAGCGACGCGCAAAAUAAGAUGUUGCUUGCGGCUACUCUGGCCGGUGUCGGGUUUGGGAAUGCAGGCGUCCAUCUGUGCCACGGCAUGAGCUAUCCCAUCUCGAGUCAAAACCCUGGGUAUAGGCACAAGGGCUAUAUUGUCGACAAGCCAUUGAUCCCUCACGGAGUCAGUGUCGCAGUCACUUCCCCCAGUGUAUUCAAGUUCACAGCUGCGUCAAACCCGGAGCGACAUCUUGCUGCCGCCGAGGCGUUUGGCGUGGACAUCAGCACCGCGAAAAAGGAGAGCGCUGGGGAAAUCCUCGGCGAGGCUCUGGCAAAUUUUCUGGCCAAGCUGGGGGAUCAACCGAGAGGUCUGAGAGAUCUCGGCUUCAGCAGAGAGAACAUCCCAGGCCUCGUGGAGGGGACGCUGCCGCAGAAACGGGUAUUGAACCUCGCCCCCAACCUCGAAGAAGAUAUGGAGCCCCAGAGAGAGCAAUUGGAGCGACUGUUCGAAGCGAGCUUGUAG